CAAUUCGUAUCACCCGUUACGCCGAAGACCAUGCAGUAUAUGCAGAAAUGUAACGAUCCGAACGAGAGCCUCAAGCCCAUUGUUAGGCGGCCCUUUCCACCUCAAGUUCGGGAUCGCUCACCCAUCAUUGGACUCUCUCCAAGUACUCUAUUACGAACCUGCUUCAGGAUUGGGGAGGCAAUCAAGACGGGUCGCUCAGCCGUCAGAAAUGGGAAGAACGUCCUUAUUGAACUUUAUGCUCGGGUCUUCAGUUCGUACCGGGAGCAAUCCAAGCAGCAUUUCGUAUUCUGUGACCUCUUCCACACUAAGCCACCACAUAUCAAGUCCGUAUAUGACAGCGCUAUCUGGAAAUCAGUGGAUCUUUUCAACUAUGACGCUGGCCGACUCCUUCAUGAGAACACCAUGUGCCGGGUUAUUGGGAAAAUGAAACGCCAUGGGCAGGAUUGGCAGUUCAUAGUGUUGAACAUAUGGGAGGCGACAUGGGAAGACGUUUCGUGGGCGGAAGGCAUCGUCAAU